CAGUUCUUCUGUGCUUUAUGAAUAUCGCCGGUGGAACCAUCGGAUGCAAUAUUCGAAAUUUCGCCUUUAAUUGUUUCACCAAACUAGCCUACAGGAACAAGCACCUCACGAGAGCCAUAAACAGACGGCUGGGCAAAAUGGCGGACGAGGAGGAGAGAGCCCUUGCGGCUGCAGGGAAGGAUGAGAACGGCGAUUCAAUUUUUGGAAAAAUCGCAAGGAAAGAAGUGAAGGUGGACUUCGUGUACGAAGAUGAAAAGGUCCUCGCCUUUAACGACAUCAACCCACAGGCACCCGUACACAUCCUCGUGAUUCCCAAAAUGAGGGAUGGCCUCACGAGGCUCAGUAAGGCGGAGGAGAGGCAUAAAGAUAUUCUUGGGCACAUGAUGUGGGCGGUUUCCGAAAUUGUGAGGAAGAACAACUUGGGCGACUUCCGCCUAGUCGUGAACAACGGGCCCGAGGCCUGCCAGUCCGUGUACUACCUACAUCUGCACAUCUUAGCCAAAAGGCAGAUGAAAUGGCCCCCCGGAU